UAUUUUCGAAUGGCUUCUGAUAGAGGGGAAACCUUGGCUGUAAAGUUAGAUGGGAAAAAUUAUUCAAUCUGGCGAUUCCACUUUCAGUUCUUUGUUGAGGGAAAAGGGUUGUGGGGUUAUGUUGACGGAACUGAAGCAAUACCUAAUGCAACUGAUGUUAAAAAGACAAAUGAAUGGAAGGUGAAUAAUGCUAAAGUUGUUUCAUGGAUUUUGGGGUCGGUGGAUACAAACAUUGGACUUCCCAUGAGAGGACUUCGUACAGCGAAAGAGAUGUGGGAUUACCUUGAGAAGGUGUACCAACAAUCCAACCUCGCACGAAAAUUCCAGAUUGAGAAUGAUAUUUUUUACUAUGACCAUGGUGAGAAAAGUAUCCAGGAAUAUUAUGCUGGUUUUAUGGAUUUAUGGGCUGAAUAUGAGUUUGUGAACCUGGCAAAUAUGACCAAUGCUUGUUGUAUACAAAGCCUCAAGAACGUGUACGAUGAGAGGAAAGUGAUGCAGUUUUUGAUGAAACUGCGAUCUGAUUACGAGAAUAUUCGGGGGAACAUUUUAAAUCGUGGGACGCUUCCAACAAUGGAUAUGGUUUUGGGAGAUGUCCUUCGUGAAGAGACAAGGAUUGCAACACAAGCUACUCUGGAAGGGAAAAGGACUGUAGAGUCAGUUUUCAUUGCCAAACAGGGCUAUGGAAAACCUCUUCCAAAGGAUUUUUCAAAGACACAAUGUUUCGAAUGCAAGGAGUUUGGGCAUGUCGUAUCACACUGUAAAAAGAAGAACACUUGUGUCUAUUGCAAAGAGACUGGCCACAUUGUGACUGAUUGUCCAGAUCUUCAACAAAAAGGGAGCAAAAAUUUCAACCGAAAGAAAUCAAAUCAUCGUGUUUACCAUGCCGCGAGCGUUUCAUUGGAUGGGUCGGGUAAUGAUGCAAAGUUAACUGCAUCCUCUUCUAGUAGCUCCGACACAGUGGGAUGUCAACCAACACCGAUUUCUGAUGAUAUUCGACAGUUGGUACAAAGCUCUGUAUCCUCGGCUAUUUCCUCGGCUUUCUCCGCUAUUGGCUUGUCUGAACCGUCGCACUGGGACAGUGAAAGGGAAGGGUCGUAGGAUUGGUCGCCCGUUUGCUUUGGAGUUUGAGAGGCCAAUCAGUGGCACUUGCUUAUUUACUCAUUUUGAUUCUGAUGUUUCUGUUUCCAAUAAAAUUUGGCAUAUGUGGCACCGUAGGCUAUGGCAUCCUAAUGCCAAAAAGCUAGAUAAUUUGUUUAGUUCCGGUUUUUUGAAAUAUAAUCUUUCCUCAUUGGGCAGUAUUAAUAAAUCUUGCAUUAGUUGCUCUUUAAGUAAAAGUGUCCAUUUGCCUUUUCCUGUGCAUUCUGAUGUUAAAACUUCACCCUUUGAUUUGAUUCAU